AUGGGCGCCGGAGGCUCGGCCGAGGAGGCGCCGGCAGAGCAGCCCGCGCGGUCAGAGCAGGCGCAGCCGCUGGAGCGCAUCCCUCGAGGGCGGCGGCACGUGCACGUGUUCCUCGAGGCCAUCCAGUCUGAGUCAGCCGGGCACUCCGCAUUUCACUUCGCGCGCGGCGGCGCCCUCGGCGAGGCCCCGCUCGCCCUCCCGCUCCCGCCGCCGGCCCACCAGCGCGCCCCGGGCCACCGCGGCGCCGCCCUGCCAGCGGAGGAGCUCGCGCGCUCGCGCGAGGAGUUCGCGCGCCUUUGGGAGCUGCACGUGCCGUGGCAGCGGGUGGGCGCGGACGCGCGCGAGGCGCUGCAGCGCGUAGGGCGCGAGUGGGCGCGGACGCUGCCGCCAGGAGCGGAGGGCUCUGCGGGGGGCGCCGCCGAGGUCGAGGCCGCCAUCGGCAGCGCGCUGGCCUCGGUGCCCGCGGCGCUGACGGUGGAGGAGGCUUUCGCCGCGUUCUGCGCCGCGUUCGCGGGCUCCUCGCCCCCGCCGCGGCCGAGCGGCACGCCCGGGGGCGCGCCGCUGCGGCUGGAGUUCGGGGCCGCGUCGCCCCAUGCGGCGGUGUCCCAUGGUGCGCCCGCGCUGCCGAAGGGCGCCAGGAUGGUCGAUCCCGUGCCGGUGCGCGAGAUGGGUUGGAUGGCCCUCGGGUGCGACCUUGAGGGCGCUUCCCGCGGCGGCGCGGCGGCAGCGGCUGAGGCCGCGUCGCCGAUGCGGCCCACGCGAGCCGCGCUCGAGUCUGCCAACGCGCACCUGCAGGGCGCCCUGUGCGCCGCCACCGCGGCGUACGACCGGCUGGUGCUGAGGGCGGAGGCGAUCCGCGCGCAGCUGGAGCGCGGGUCGCCCAGCAGCGGCCCCGCGGGCGACGCCGCAGAGGGUCUUGCGCUGGCGCGCCGCGGCCUCAGCAUGCAGCGGGUGCGCGCCGUGUCUCUGCAGUCGGAGCUGGACAGGUGCCUCGACCGGGCCCGCUUCGGCGCGGGCGUGGCGGAGCGGCAGCGGGCGGAGAUCGCGGCCCUGCGCGCGGAUUGCGCCUCGCAGGCGCAGCGAGCCGCCGAGGCGCUGCGACGCCGCGACGAGGCGCAGGGCAAGCUCCAGCGAGAGCUGCAGGAGCGCGAGGACCUGUCCAGGAAGGCCAAGACGGAGCAGCUGCGGGCGGCGAUGCUCCGGGAGGCCUUCGAGCAGGAGCAGACGCGCGUGGGCGUCUCCCUCGGCAGAGCCGAGGCCUUCGUCUGUGACCUGGUGGCCGCGACGGAGGGCACGAGGCGCAUGGAGGUGGAGGAGCAGUCCGUGGCGCGGGAGUGCUCGUCCGCCCUGAGCGAGAUCCAGGCGGCCCAGGCCCAGGACUCCGCCCGCCUGGAGGCGCGCCACGCGCAGCUCGAGGGCGAGAUGGACGAGGCGAGGCGGGCGCUGCAGCGUGCGCGGCAGGGCGUGGGCGGGGAGUCCGCGGGAAGCGCGCAGGCGGUCCGUGCCACGGUCGCCUACGCCAUGAUCGAGUCCCAAAGGCACGACGUGAUCACCGAGCUCGACGAGGCUCGCCGGAGGUACCGAGAGGCCGCGACCACGGCUCGGCUGCGCGCCAUCGACGCGUCGGGGCUCCGGCACAAGCUGACGGUGCUCCGGUCCAGGAGCGACCGGCUGGUGGACGAGCUCGCCGCGGCCAAGGGCCGGCUGCCGUCGGCGGACGCCUCCGGGGAGGCCGCCGCCGACGAAGGCCACCGGCGCGGCGGCCGAUCCCUCUGGGAGACCUCCGAGGCGGAGGCCGCUGCGGCCACGCAGGCACGGCUCUGCCUGGCGGAGGCCGCCGCAGCGGCGGCCGACACCGCCUGCGCCGAGAUCGCGCAGCAGCUCGCGCGCGAGCGGGCGGGCGUCGCGCCAGGGCCGGAGCUCCCUCGAGCAGGCUCGGCCGAGGUGGCGGCCAGGCAGUCGGUGGCGCUGGCGGCAGAGCUGCGGCGCGUGCGCGAGGAGCUCAGCCAGGCGACGGCCUCGGCGGCCCGGCACCAGCGCGGGCAGGCGGACGACCUGGCAGACCUCGAGGUGGUCCCUCCUGUGCGCAGCCGAGCGUGCCCCCCGUCGCCACGUGCGAGAGAGGCGGCGGGCCUGCAGAGGAGGAUCGGGGCCGCGCUGGCCGGCGAGCAGGCGAACCUGUGCCGCCUCCAGGAGGAGCGCCUGCGCGGCCCCGCGUGA